UUGAAGGCCCCACUCACUCAUCACUAUCCUCUCUCCUUCACUACUCUUCCAACCAUUUCUAUCUUUCAAUUUCUUCUUCUCCCCUGUGCUGCACACACAGAAUCUUGAAAUUAAUAGCAACACAGAAGGAAUGGUCUCUUUUGCUUCAACACUUCCCUCUUUGGUUUCAUUGAUUCCUUCACCAUCUUCCAUUAGCAAUGCCUCAAGACACCACCCUCCUCAACCUGGUAUGAUUUGUUGCAAGAUUGGAUCAGAGCUUAAUAUUGAGGAUCGCUUUCAUAGACGUGAUAUUCUUCAAUCUGUUGGAGCAGCAGUAGGCAUGGACUUGAUAGCAAGAUCCAGUGCAUUCAUCGAAGUAGCUAAUGCUGCUGAUUUGAUACAACGCAGACAGCGGUCAGAUUUUCAAUCAAAGAUCAAACUGACUCUUUAUGAUGCUAUAAAGGCAAAUCCGGAUAUAAUUCCAUCCUUACUAACUUUAGCACUUAACGAUGCCAUAACAUAUGAUAAGGCAACAAAAACCGGGGGUCCCAAUGGAUCCAUACGUUUCAGCUCAGAGAUCAGCAGACCAGAAAAUAAGGGGCUUGAUGCUGCUUUGAAUUUGUUGGAGGAAUCAAAGAAGGUUAUAGAUUCAGAUUCCAAAGGUGGACCAAUCUCAUAUGCAGAUCUCAUCCAAUUUGCCGCACAAAGUGCAGUCAAAUCAACCUUUAUCGCUUCUGCAAUUAGCAAAUGUGGUGGUAAUGUAGAGAAGGGGACUUUGUUGUACUCUGCAUAUGGUUCUAAUGGACAGUGGGGCCAAUUUGAUAGGAUAUUUGGGAGGUCAGAUGCCCAGGAGCCUGAUCCAGAGGGAAGGGUGCCUCAGUGGGAUAAAGCAAGUGUGCAGGAAAUGAAAGACAAGUUCAAAGCUGUUGGCUUGGGCCCUCGUCAGUUAGCAGUAAUGUCUGCAUUCUUGGGUCCUGAUCAAGCUGCAACAGAGACCCUACUCGCCAGUGAUCCAGAAGUUCUUCCUUGGAUUCAGAAGUACCAAAGGAGCAGGGAAACAGUGUCUCGUACUGAUUAUGAGGCUAGUAUAUGCUCCCUACUUAAAUUUAUAAAAGACCUUCACAAUAUCUAUGGAUAAUCUCAUCAAGGAUAAAUAAUAAGAGGCUAUCUAUUCGUGUGAAUGCACCACCAUCAUAACAGUUCAACAACUCGUAUUAAAGCAACUAACUACCUGGAAUAUUUGCACAAAGAUGUGACAUUGCUUCCUCUUUGUUAUCUCUCUUUCCCUUUGGUUUCCAUCCACAUAAUUAGUCACACGUUAUUGAUUGUAUAAUGUUAAAAUAAUACAUGCUUAAUGCUAUGCCUUAACAGCAAAUCUGUCUAAUUUCAGGUUGACUUGAUUACUACUGUUACAAAAUUAAGCAGUUUGGGACAAGUAAUAAACUAUGAGGCAUAUACUUAUCCUCCCAGGAAAAUUGAUGUUACCAAACUCAAGUUGUAGAAAGGUGGCAGCUGCAGUUUUUGCACUAUGAAUGCACAGCGCACAACAGAGAUAAAUAUGCUUACUGGCAGAUUAGUAACUGAGAGGUUUGAGAAUUAUUUUUUUUCUCACAAGAGGGGAUAGGAACUGUUUGGUUUGAACUGUAUUUACAAUAAGAUCUUUCAGUCACAUUAAUAUAUGUUGUAUAUGUAGAGCCUCAAUACAUAUUGUCCCCCAACAGGAACAGGAUUAU